CCUGUACUGUCUGCAGUCUCUGGUCAUCCCCUGUACUGUCUGCAGUCUCUGGUCAUCCCCUGUACUGUCUGCAGUCUCUGGUCAUCCCCUGUACUGUCUUCUGUCUCUGGUCAUCCCCUGUACUGUCUGCAGUCUCUGGUCAUCCCUGUACUGUCUGCAGUCUCUGGUCAUCCCCUGUACUGUCUGCAGUCUCUGGUCAUCCCCUGUACUGUCUGCAGUCUCUGGUCAUCCCCUGUACUGUCUGCAGUCUCUGGUCAUCCCCUGUACUGUCUGCAGUCUCUGGUCAUCCCCUGUACUGUCUGCAGUCUCUGGUCAUACUCCUGUACUCCUGUACCGUCCACAGUCUCUGGUCAUCCUGUACUGUGUCCGCAGUCUCUGGUCAUCUCCUGUACUGUGUCCGCAGUCUCUGGUCAUCUUCUGUACUGUGCCCGCAGUCUCUGGUCAUCUUCU